AUGGACGAUUCUUCCGUAAUCGUCGAUCAAGAGGCCUCCGGAAUAAUCGUGGACCACGGCGCUCAAAUUCCCAAUGCUCUUUCGACUUCCUCCAUUAAUGGCGCCGACAUCAGCGCAGAUGGAGCAGCUUCCGGUUGCUGUUUCUUCGUCGCCGGCGAUGGAACUGACGAUUCGUCGUUUCCCGUUUCGAAGAGGAAGUUUGGAUUGGGAAGCGGAAACGGCAAUUUUGACGCGGAAGACGAAGAAGGCUGUGUUCCGAUCGCGAAGUCGCGUAAACUCGAGAUUCCGAUGCUUGUGGCGCCGCUGCGGUCUGUGAAACCCACGCAAUCUGUGAACUCUGUUUCUCCUGGUUCCGUGGUAGCAGAGGAUCUUACUCUGCCUCUCUCGACGUGUUCGAUGGAGGGUUUUGCGGAGAACAGAGGGGCUAGUCCGCCGAUUAACAGCUGCAGGCAGUUCUGGAAAGCAGGGGACUAUGAGGGAAACAGCGACAUUGAUCCUAUUUCGAGUUCAGUUGGUAUGGAUCAUGUCAGAGUACAUCCAAAAUUUCUUCAUUCCAACGCCACCAGCCAUAAGUGGGCUCUGGGAGCUUUUGCAGAGCUCUUGGACAAUUCUUUAGACGAGGUUUGCAAUGGGGCCACAUACGUUCAUGUUGACGUGUUGGAAAAUGAAAGGGAUGGUAGUAAAAUGUUGCUAAUUGAAGACGACGGCGGUGGGAUGAGUCCUGAUAAAAUGCGGCGUUGCAUGUCUCUUGGCUAUUCUUCAAAGCGGAAAAUGGCCAACACUAUUGGUCAAUAUGGAAAUGGGUUCAAGACAAGUACUAUGAGGCUUGGAGCGGAUGUUCUUGUGUUUUCACGUUGCAAGGGAAGUGAUCAAAGAGGCCCAACACAGAGCAUUGGCAUGCUGUCAUACACAUUUUUGAGGGACACCGGAAAGGAAGAUAUUGUGGUGCCCAUGGUUGACUUUGAGUUUAAAGAAGAUUGUUGGAGCAAGAUGAUGCGCUCUGAAGAUGAUUGGAAUAGAAAUCUUGAAAUUAUAGCUCGGUGGUCUCCUUAUUCAAACAAGGAGGAUCUACUUGAACAGUUCAAUUUUCCGAAAGAUCAGGGAACGCGUAUUAUCAUAUACAACCUUUGGGAGGACGAUGAAGAAAGCCUGGAGCUCGACUUCGACGUUGAUCCACAUGACAUUCAAAUUAGAGGAGGUAAUCGAGAGGAGAAGAACAUAAAAAUGGCACAACUCUAUCCAAACUCCCGCCACUACUUAACCUAUCGACAUUCACUGAGGAUUUAUGCAUCAAUUCUGUACCUGAGACUGCCUCCGGGAUUUAGAGUUAUUCUGAGAGGGAAAGAUGUGGAACAUCACAGUAUUGUGGAUGAUUUAAUGUUGACAAAGGACAUCCUUUACAGACCUCAUCAACUUCCCUCCCGAGCUGCGCAAAAACAACAUUCUGAUAUGUCCGUGACGGUGACAAUUGGCUUCGUAAAGGAUGCACGAUCCCACAUCGACGUUCAGGGCUUCAACGUUUACCACAAAAAUCGGCUAAUAAAGCCAUUUUGGAGGAUAUGGAAUCCUGCCGGUAGUGACGGCCGUGGAGUUAUAGGUGUAUUGGAAGCAAAUUUCGUCGAACCAGCUCACGACAAGCAAGGCUUUGAGAAAACCACUGUACUCACGAGGCUGGAGUCACGAUUAAUCCAAAUUCAAAAGACUUACUGGACACAAAAUUGCCAUGAAGUUGGUUAUGCUGCGAGGCGACGUUGUGUGGAAUCAGAUCAUAAAUUGAAUUCACAACCGAAUCCGAUUGGUAAAAAAUCCCCUGUGAAUUCGGAGAAAAUAAUAUUGCCACAUGUAGGUGUAAAUAAUGUUUCAACUCAAGCUGGAACCAGUCCGGGAUCAACCAUGUACACUUCCAAUUCUCACCAACUCCCUGCCGCGUCGUCACCUGCAAUUGCAAGGGUUAGCCAGAUGUUUGGACACCUGUCGCCCUUGCUACAGCCACCCACCUCCAACUCAAAUGGAAUGUUAUUUGCUAAUAGUGACGCAGCAAGUUUAACGAAGGGAAAAGAGGAGCAAAGUGAUCUGAGGGAAAGGUUGACAGAUCCAUAUGUCCGUCAGUUGGUGAAUUAUUUGAGUAAUGAAAGAGACAAGUGUAGAACUCAGGAAAGUAAAGUUGUGCUUCUUGAAAAGCAGCUCUGCGAGGCAACCCAGAUGCUGGAAGAGAAGGAGAAAGAGCGUAUGGUUCUGAUUGAAUUUAGUUCAGCAGAAAUUAUAAAAAAAGAAAAGGAGAUUGAGAAUUUGAAAAAGAGAUUAUCGGAUUCUUCCAACUCUAAUAGCGAGCUGUGUCUAAGAAUAAACCAACUAGAAACAUUGAUACGUAAACUUUCGAGCUCCAACAAUCAACCUGAUACCACGAAAGAAAAUAUGAUCACCAGCCAGGCAAACCCUUGA